CUGAAAGCUGACGUGGUCCCAAAGACAGCAGAAAACUUCAGAGCUCUUUGUACUGGUGAGAAGGGAUUUGGGUAUAAAGGAUCCACUUUUCACAGAGUGAUUCCUUCAUUUAUGUGCCAGGGUGGUGACUUUACAAAUCAUAAUGGAACUGGUGGAAAAUCCAUUUAUGGCAGUAGAUUUCCAGAUGAAAAUUUCAUACUUAAGCAUGUAGGACCUGGUGUUCUUUCAAUGGCCAAUGCAGGACCCAACACAAAUGGAUCCCAGUUCUUCAUUUGCACUGCAAAAACCGACUGGCUAGAUGGAAAGCACGUUGUUUUUGGGCAUGUAAAGGAAGGAAUGGACGUAGUGAAAAAAAUUGAGAGCUUUGGUUCCAAGAGUGGAAAACCCUCCAAAAAGAUUGUCAUUACUGACUGUGGCCAGCUGUCCUAAGCUUUUGCCCUGCUCUUCAUGACAACUUGGAUGCUGUGAAAAAUGAGUCAUAAAAACACCCAAACAUUUCUUAUGUCACAAGUAGCACCUAUAGAACUGUGUUUUUUAUUUAACUUGGUCCAACUU